AGUCGACCUGCAGUAUGGGGCUUCUGAAGAUGUGUGAUAUGCCGGGUUGCCGGACUUUCAACUCGGAAACAAACGAUCGACUCGCUCUAGUUGCACAGCGUUGCUAUUGAUAACUAAUUAUUACAAGGAUCGGCUUACUAUUACAGUAGGGUUCACCUUGGUCAGCAAACAAAGAAGAUGGCUGCCAAAAUUAAGGAGGGCCUAAGAGAUAUUACGCACGGGGUUGUCGAGCGCUUGAAAGGCGGGCCUAAGUAUGCAGACAACCUGUUAGGCGAAAGUUUACAGGACCAACUCCGAAAGGCUACCGCCAAGGAACUCUUGGAGCCAAGCGAGGAGCUGGCCUCACAGGUUGUCGACACCAUUAACCUUGACAUCGCAAACGGGAAGGACAGCAAGCCACGAAGUCUACGCGUCAGCUUCCUGCCACCUCUGGGCCAUACCGACCGCUGGAUCCACGCGCUCCCCGGAAGAACGCAUUUCCUCAGCGUCAGCACGGCCCAAAUCAUUCGACCCGGGCUGCAUCUGGGAAUCAACCUUGAGAUCGUGGGUUUGCUCAAGAAGCGGCUGCGUACUGACAACCCGCACAAGCAAUGGCUGGCGGUGUUGCUGGUGGGGCGGGUCAUGCGGGACUGCUCCCCGGCAUUGGACGCCUACCGGGAGGAGCUGCUGGAGGAGGUGGCCCGGGUCAUGGCACGGCCGGCCAGACAGGAUACAAUUGCAGCCAAGGACACGCGGCAAGCGGCGAAGGAGCUGCUCAGGUCGUACGGCAGGGCGGGCACAAGCGCCUUCCGCGCCGCCACGCGGUCAACGAUAGAAAACGGCAACAUGUCGGCCGAGUACGCCGCGGCGAUUAACGCGGCGGUCGCUCGAGAGGCGGUGAUCGUGGUGGAGGAGGUCAAGGCGAUGAUCGAGCAGGCCCGAGCGAACACGGAGCUGCUCAGCGAGAUGCUGGUGGCGCAAGGGGGACAAGGGGGGCCCCCGGGUGGGCAGCAGCAGCUGCCGCAGCUGCCGCAAGGUGGGGCCGGCACCUCCGCGUCCGGUCCCGCGGCUGACGACUUCGAAAACGAGCUCACUCGCGAGCUGGUCACUGAGCUGCAGUCCAUGAGCGGCGAACCCCAGGUGGAGGAAAUCACCAUGAAGGCCCUGGAGGCGGUCGAUAUGUUGGAUGGCGCUCUGGCGCUGCAGAAGGACGUGGCCUCCAAUCAACGAGAGAUCGAGCAGCAGGCCACCGGCGCAGCAACUGGCGCAAUUGGUGUCACUCGCGCCUCAGGCGUAGCCGUCACCACCAGCCGCGUCGUGCCAUCCGGGGACCUCAUCAUGCUGGACGACUUCUCCGAUGCGAUGCUGCCGCAGCCGCCAGCGGUGCUGGGCGGAAACCCGGCGGCGGCGACGCCGCCGGCGGCACUGGCGGCGGUGGCAUCGGCGGAGAAGGCUCUUCCCUCCGAUCCGUUCGCAGCUUUGGAUCCAGUGGCCGUACAGGCUGUGCUGUCACCCGGGACUGCUCAGACACAACCGCCUCAAGCACCCCAGUCGGCCGUCGCGGCCGGCCAACCGCCGUACACCAGUACGUACGGAUCGUACCCGCAGCAAGUACAGCAGCCCCAGCCUCAGCCCCAGCAAUACGCCUACACGUCACCGCAGCAGCAAUCGUACGGGAUGUACGGCAUGGCGGCGGCGGCCACAGCGGUGGCAGCAACGAACGCGAACAAUCCCUUCGCCGCACCUGCCGUACCGUCAUUGCCGUUUGGCGGCGCCGCGCAGCCUUCGCCGUCAUCGUCGGCAGCGACGGUGUCCCCGUCAACCGGCGGCAACCCCUUCGAUCAGGCCGCGAAUGCUACCAGCACCGCCGCCGCUGCGGGAAACCCUUUUGGAUUGCUGGCGGCGCCCAGCGGCGGCAGCCACUCCUCAACCAUGGACUCGGAAUGGGCCAUGUUCUUUGCGAAUCGGACUGCCGGCGCCGCGCCAGCUACCCAGCAGCGUUAGCAGCGCUGGUUUCUGCAUAGUUCCCGUCAUUCCUGUCAUGUAUACAGCCUAUAAAGCCAAGUUUAUCAUGACCGAUUGCAUCGCGCAAAGCCAUGUAUACCAACCAAUUGCACCUGGAUACGAAGAACUGGAAGAAGCGAUAAAACUUUGGGCAGGUCGCUUGGAGUGGGGCAUGUCUCUAUGUGGGGUAGAAGUUGAAUGGGAGGGGUCCGUCACCGCUGUCAACGUUAAGAGCCAUCCAUGCAGGCGCGUCCCCGCGGCGUCUGGCGGUCUGGGGUGUGUGUGGCACAGUGGUAUUGUAUGUAUGUAUGCAUGUAUGUAUGUAUGUAGUUUGUGCUGAAAGGACUGAUGUGUGUACGGAGGUUGCUGCACCAGCGCCUGCCGUGGUAAAAAGAAACACGUAACAACCUGCAAUUGCAAUUCGAGCCAAGGCCGCGGGAAAAGCAUUUAGCGGGGCGAGUGGCAAGCUGCUGAGGGCCGCACGCAUGUGCAAAGGUUUUGGAUUUUGGAAGGCACCCAUAUGUUUUAAAGUGAUACUGUGGUGCAACGGGCUGCGUGUGGGAAGCUGCAUCUCGGCGCCUCUCCCUUUCUUGACUAUGUUAGCAAAGCUUAGCUGUAAGAGCAAAAAAACGCGGAAAAGAGUUGCAGAAAGUGUUGCUGUGUGGCUUUUGGAGCGGCGGUGGGAACACGUUGCGCUACCGCAGUGGGCAGUGGGCAGGGUCUGAUGCGCCUCAUCUUCCGAUGUGCACACACACGCACGCACACGCGGCAGAGGUACGCAGAGGGAUGUGGUGUGUAGUGCCGUCAAGGAUAGUGAAGGGCCAUACGCUGGAGUGGCGCAUAUUAGGGCCAUGGCUUGUGGUGCGGUGUGGUGCUGUUUCGGUGAUAGCGGAAGAUGUCCAGGGUACGCUUCCUUAAGAUACGUUAUUACACAUGCGGGCCGCGAGGAUUUUUCAUAUUUGUUCAUGGCUGAGCUGGGUUGGAGUGAGGAGCUGAGGAAGGCCUUGACGUGCUUGGCACGCGGCAGCUUCCCAUGCGGUCUGUAUGCAGCGAUGUGGCCGGAGGAAGAGGCGAGGAGGCAUAUGUGGAUGCGGGGUCUGUAUCCGGUAAAUGUUUGGGACGAGCACAGAAACCUGAGCUUGCCUUUCUUUGCAUGGUCGGCUUGGAUGGCGCGGGAGCGAUGUACCUCUCCUGUUGUGAAGGAUAUAUCGCCGACGGAUUUAUGAGUGUGGUGAUGACAUAGGG